AACGCAUACAUCACGCAAGAUAGUGAAAUAAUAUUGCUGCCGGCAUGGAACCCGACAAACGCUGAGGAGAUACCAUUAACUCUUAAAGCUUUCGGAAAAUUGAUUCAGCUAAAUUUGCGUAAAAACGACAAAAUUGUAUCGCCCACGUUUGAAGAAUGGAAAUAUAAUGCAAAAGGCAUCACAAAAUUUUCGCAGUUAAAAGCAUUGGAUUCUUGCUUUUACAUUCACGAGGAUCAUGUCAGUUUUGCUGCCAUCAACUUUUGUCACGAAAAUGGAUUGGAAGGACUCAUUUUUGUGGAAAACGAUACAUUGGAGAUUCGGCCUUUACGGAGCGAGUUUUCGUCUUCGUAUUUAAUUGACGACUUUUCCGUUAAAAAAGAGAUUAAUCUUUCAUUUGGCAAACCUCAUGUUAUUAAAACAUCAGUACAAUAUUUAGAUAAUUCAAAUCUGUAUUUUUUGAACAAUUUAACACGAAAACGACGUGACGUUCAAAAUACGGAACAAAAAUUAACCAUAGAACUUGCCGUUUUCUUCGACGAAGCAGCAUAUCGCACAUUCAUGCCUCUUCUGGACAACGAUAUGGAAAAGAUACGCUGUAUGAUAUUAGCGUAUGUGAAUCGUAUCCAAGCUGCAUUCCAUCAUCCCAGUUUGGGUGUCACUAUUGAUAUUUCACUGGUACAUUUAGACAUUAUGGAAAACCAGCCGCCACAAUUGCCAGUUGUCGAUUUAGAUUAUGUGGAACUGCUUAAUUCAUUUUGCAAGUACGCAUAUAUUCAAAAUUUCCCGGACGAACAUUCGCAUCACUGGGACUUUAGCAUUUAUCUAACCGGAAUAGAUCUUUAUAAGUAUGAAGAUGUAAAAAUUUCGCCGACAUUGAGACAUCCCAUUAUAAAACGUGUGAAGAAUUAUGACUUAAAAGGAGGAGCCUUCGAAAGUGCAUGCAAAAAAUUUGGAUCAUGCGCAAUAGCGGAAUUUCGUGCUACAUCUGAAAUCAUAUCAUUGGGUUUAAGAUCAUCUUCUCUUGCUGCUCAUGAGAUCGGUCAUCUUUUAGGGUUGGACCAUGACACGGAUUCAAAACAAAAAAGCGGACACAAAUACGUCAUGUCUAAAUUCCAUAGUAAUGAAAACCAUGUGGCAUGGUCUGAGAAAAGUCGUAACAAAAUAAAAGGACUUUGGGAAAGAAAAGAAUGUCUUCAAAACUAUAAGAAAUCCAAAAGCCUCAGUGACGCAUAUUUAUUCGAUAGUUUUAUUCGUUACGAUUUACCCGGAAGAGAAGCGACUGCCAAAGCACAAUGUGAAGUAUAUUUACGCGACAAGAAUGCGAACGUAGUCACGUUACAUGAUAUAUGUGAAACUUUACAAUGCGAAGUCCCUCACACAAAUGCGUAUUAUUUCACGGGACCCGCGCUGCCUGGAACUUAUUGCGCACUCGGCAUGGAAUGUCGCGACGAAGAAUGCGUCCCCGUUAUCGAGCCGCCAUACAAUUUCAGGGAUUGUGAAGAUGACAACUGGAGUGAAUGGAAGGAAGACGCCUGUAAAAACUCCUAUUGCUUGGAAGGAUCCAAAGGCGUACGAGACAAACGACGUUUUUGCAAACAUCAGAAUGACACAACAGCGAAUUGCAUUGGACCAUAUUACGACGUGGUUUUGUGCGAUGCUUCUUCACUAUGUAGUGGAAAACGCAAGACGGUUGCCGAAUUUGCUGUUACAAAAUGCGCCAAAUUUACAGAUAUCAUGUCUGAACUGGAACUGAAACGGGGAACUUAUUGCGCACUCGGCAUGGAAUGUCGCGACGAAGAAUGCGUCCCCGUUAUCGAGCCGCCAUACAAUUUCAGGGAUUGUGAAGAUGACAACUGGAGUGAAUGGAAGGAAGACGCCUGUAAAAACUCCUAUUGCUUGGAAGGAUCCAAAGGCGUACGAGACAAACGACGUUUUGCAAACAUCAGAAUGACACAACAGCGAAUUGCAUUGGACCAUAUUACGACGUGGUUUUGUGCGAUGCUUCUUCACUAUGUAGUGGAAAACGCAAGACGGUUGCCGAAUUUGCUGCCACCAAAUGCGACGAAUUCAGCCGUAUCAUGUCUGAACUGGAACUGA